UGACACACCCCAGAAUAAAUUCACUUGAUUUCUCGGCGUUGUUUACGUGCGAACUGUUUAUUGAUGAUAGCGAGGUUCUUAAUUUGCUGUACCCGAGUGAUAUUUAGAAGAGGAUUCUCAACAAUGGCUGUUCCAAUUCCUAUCGUGAAGCCUGACAUAAAAUACACACAGAUAUUUAUCAACAAUGAGUUUGUGAACAGUGUAAGCGGCCAGGUGUUCCCAACAAUAAACCCAUGUACCAGAGAAAAGAUAGUUGACGUACAGGAAGGGGAUAAGGCUGAUGUUGCUUCAGCUGUUAAUGCUGCUCGUCAAGCCUUUGAGCUUGGAUCAGCUUGGCGGACAUUGGAUGCUUCCAAAAGAGGACGACUUAUCGCUAAACUAGCUGACCUAUUAGAACGAGAUCUGGUUUACAUAACGAGCCUUGAAACCUUGGACAAUGGGAAGCCAUUUGUGGAUGCAUACGAUGAUGG